CAUACCUGCUGGCGCUCGCCCUUCCCACAAGUGUACAUUGCCAAGCGCAGAACGCUUUGAGAAGUUUCCAGACAUGGCAAAAGUUUUCAAGAAGACGAGCGGCAACGGCGGCCUCACGCUCUACCUGGGAAAGCGAGACUACGUGGACCACAUCAACAACGUGGAAAGACUCGAUGGGGUCGUCAAAUUGGACCCAACAAACUUUGGAGACAGAAAAGUGUUUGUGCAGCUGGCGUGCGCCUUCCGCUACGGCAGCGAUGACCUGGACGUGAUGGGCUUGUGCUUUCGCAAGGACAUCUGGAUCCACAUCGAGCAGCUCUACCCAGACGACCACAAGCCGGCGCUCUCCGAAAUGCACGAAACGCUCCUCAAGAAGGCCGGCAACGACGCCCGCCCCUUCAGCUUUGAUAUUCCCACCAACCUUCCGUGUUCCGUGUCGCUGCAACCGGGCCCUGACGACAAUGGGAAGGCUUGCGGCGUGGACUUUGAGGUCAAGGCCUUCCUGGCCAACGAUAAGUGCAACCCAGAUGAGAAGAUCGAGAAGAAGGACACGGCGCGUCUCGUCGUCCGCAAAAUCCAGUUCGCGCCAUCUGAGGUGGGCGCCGGGCCCAGGGCGGAGAUCUGCAAGAGCUUCAUGAUGUCGGACAAGCCCGUGCACCUUGAGAUUUCCCUGGAAAAGGACCUCUACUUCCAUGGCGAGACCAUCCCCAUCAAGUUUAAGAUCAACAAUGAGAGCAACAAAACUGUCAAGAAAAUUCAGAUCUCAGUGGACCAGACCACUGACAUCGUCCUCUACUCCGCCGACAAGUACACCAAGUGCGUCUUCUCCAAGGAGUUCGGCGAGACGGUGGAGGCAGGCGGCACCUUGGAGAACACGCUGACCAUCGUGCCGCUGCUGGCAGAGAACAAGGAGAAGCGAGGCUUGGCGCUGGAUGGCCGCCUCAAGGACGAGGACACCAACCUGGCCUCCACCACCAUGUUGCGACAGGGUAUUGACAAGGAGGUGCUGGGAAUUCUGGUGUCCUACAAGCUCAAAGUCAACCUGAUGGUGGCUGGAGGAGGCCUGCUGGGAGGACUCACUUCCAGCGACGUGACCGCCGAGGUGCCGCUGAUGCUCAUGCACCCCAAACCUGAAGAGUAAAGGCUGUGCACAUAUCGACAACAUCAAGCUGGAGCUGGAAUGACGGUACAGAAAUCCAGACGGGAAGUGAUGUCGAAGACGGCAACGAAAAACUGAGGAAAACAACCACUUCAAUGCACACGUACAACUGCACACGCACACACGUGUUGAUUCUGCCUGGUCUUAUCCAAUAAACAUUUUAAUCAUA